AUGAACACCACGGAAUUGGGCCCCAUGGAGCCCACCACAGCCUCACUUGGCUACACCUGUUCCAAGAUUUCAGCAUCACUGACUGGAAAAAAGUCACUUGUGAAGCCAGCCCUCACUGCCCUACAUAAGGGUGAAAAGCUGACUGAGAUUCAGGCAACAAAGAUUUGGGAUGUGCAGUCAGAGCACUGGUAUGCCAUGCUGCACUUCCAGUGUUGUUAUGGUAUCUCCUAA